UUUACAAAAGUGGCAAGGGCGGCUAGUGCAAGUUCGGUGUAUGGAGGCACUAAUCAUGCCUUGUGGAAUGCAGCCAAUGCAGUGGAUGGAAUAAUAGAAUGUGGCAAAGAUAGCAGUGCGAUACUGGCUCACACCGACUAUCAGAAAAAUCCCUGGCUGAAAGUCAGUCUAGAGAAAACCAAUAAUGUGGAUAGAGUUUUGAUUUACAAUAGGCAAGACUGCUGUGGAGAACGACUACAUAAUGUACGAGUAAGUGUCACGGACAAUGGACGUAAUAUAUCGUGUGGUUUCUACCCCGGACCAGCCGCCAAUGGAGACCGUAUCCUGUUUCUGUGUGAAAAGGAAACCAGAGGGAAUGAAGUUACCAUUUCUAUAUUAUCAAAAGACGGACAAUUGGAUUUCCUUAAUGUUUGUGAAGUAGAGAUUUAUAGCCGGACUUAAAAAUAUAUACCGAUAUAUUAUUCACUAGCCACACUUUGAUGAAAUAUAUUUCUUUGUUUACAUGUAUAAUACCUGUUUAAAUUGAAGCAGCGGAUUACACAUAGGAAUUAACAUUAUUUA